AAUCACAGCUACUUGAGUGAAAUCAAGCAAGUCAUAAAGAUAUAUAAACGAACUUAUGCCGUGUGUUUAAUUCAAUUAUUUAACAUAGCCGGUAGCAGUUAUUUAUCGCAAAGGAUACUUCAUGAUGUCAAGAUAUUCAGGCUACCAGAAGCUGACACAAUUUGGUAUGCUAUUUGAAUUAUUUGCUCCAGAUUUUAGGCGUAUAAGUGGUCAAAAGAACGCAUAGAAGAAGGUGUUCAGGAUGGCUGCAACCGAGUAAUCUAUGCAAGGACCAUUCAAUAGUGGCACCGUUUGAUCAGGGGCACCAAACGACGAUUUUUGGAAAAUAUCUGUUCGGAAGACGAAUUGAGAUCUAGAAUUUUCGGAACAUUUGUUGUGAAAUUUCUUGCUUGCCUACCUCUCCUAGGAUUUUCGAGCUCCUCAAAAAUGGUAUAAUUGCCCAUUUUUAACGGAUUUUUACCCUAAAAGGUAACCUAGAAUUUUAGGGAGCCUUUUAUCUGGCUGAAAUUUUCGAAAAGGUAAGUUUUGAUCCCUAUAAUUUUCGGAUCACUAGACUUUCCGCAAGGAAAUCCGAACAGAUGAAAAAUUUUUAGGGGAUAAAAAUAGCCUAUAUCUACCGUUUAAAUACUAAAAUACGUUUAACGGUGCUAGUUUAAGUGGUUUUGAACUACAUUCUCGUUGGGUGCCCCUGUUUGAUGGUCUUGUUAUUUGUACCUAAAUACUAGAAUCUUCUUUUUCUAUGUAGAAUUCAUUUCGUUAAUUAUUUUCUUCCAAAAAUGUAACUAUGUCAUUGACUACGACGCCGUCCACCCAUAUUCGUAUUUUUUUGAACAAAAAUUUUUUUCCCGGAUAUGGUCUUCCGUCCAUUGUAGAAAUACAACUGUCUGGCUAUAAGAAUAUUUCACUGCCCACCGUUGCCUUUUUAUGAAGAAAAGGAUUAAACACCUUGCAAGUGAUUAAUGGAGGUAAAAUGUUAAAGCAUGAAUUGCAGACUUAAACUUACUCAGUAGUGCCUCUUUAACUGCCAGCGUCGAAAUUGGAAGGGUUAAACAACUAAACAAAGUUUAAAAGCAAGACAUUCGAAGCGCUUAUGUAACAGUAGGACGUGAAAGUUCUUUUUUAAUUGCUGAUGAGACAAAUUUGUUGAUCUUGCAUUUGUUUUAGAACGAUUCAUGGCCAAACCGUGCAAAAAUAUGACUGUUCGUUUUCAAACCGAAAAGGAUACGUGAGGACGUGCGAGUAAACGAUUCGAAAAUAGGUGUGGACAGGUCAUUUUCCGAAAAGGAAAAAAACAAUAUUUUUUCGUUUCUAUUUGCUCCCUGAAGAUAUCGUUUUGCCCCUAAGUACUCGUUCCUUUACAAGCCAAGGAAGAGCGGAAGUACGUUUUGUAACACUGGAAGAAAAAACCGUGUUUGACAAAAAGCAAUCUCGGAUUUUGGGAGAGGCGAGGCAAAUCGUAGAAGAUGGUAUGGUUGACAUGGAAGCAAGUUCUUCGGUAGGGCAGAUUUUUGCGAUAAAAGUGUGGGUUUUCCGUGAACCAGCAGCGGCCAAACUUCACCAAGAUAAAAACGGGCACGUGGAACUAGAAGUCAUUCACAGAAAACACGAUGUCGACAAGGUUUGUCUUUUUCAAUUUGAUUCUUAGUUAAAUUUCUUUGAUCCCGUUUAGCCGUGUACGACGGCUUUAUCUAGUGAUUUGUCAAAAAAGAAUCCGUUUAAUAAUGAUCAGAUCUUAUUCUCUUUGCCGUGGUUGCACUAAAUAUAGACAAGACCCCGAUAUAAGAGCCCGUUUUGCUGACAAACACUUUUUCAAGUCCCCUGGUACUUUAGUUACAUCGGGGUAAUCGGUCAGUACAUAGUGUUGCGUCAUUGUUAUACGGUAGCCUUUCCUCAAUCGCCUUUGAUUUCCACGUCCUGAUACUCCAAACGAUACCAGAUACACUGCCACAACCGAAUGUCUGUCGGCUUUUGUCAAGAGGCAAACUUAAAGCUUCCAGUAGAAUUGGCCCUCUUCUCCAAUAGUCCACGUUCGAUAUUAAAAUUCUAACAUUGCAAAUUGUUCACGACUCCAUUGUUUCGCAAUUCCCAAAAGAGACUUGAGCACAAAGAAAACCAAACCAAAUAUAGAAAAAUGACCAGAAAGCCUCGGAGUCAUGUCAGAAUUUUUAUACAUCGAACGUGGGCUAUUGUCAUUGAAUGGCAGUUUUUUCCUAUGCAUCGUCCCGGGGGCGGGGGGUACUCCUGGGAAUUCUUGGUGGGGGUGUGCCGCCAGGUUCUUCAAACCCUAACCCAAUUUCAGACCAAAAAAUGUUAGUUUCCACACCCGUUUUCCGACUCGACCUCUAAAAUCCAUUCUCGUUUUCAGACCUGGCCUUUAGGCAGAAAUUGUGUUAUCAUUACUUAGGUUAGAGCGCAAACAAAUUAUUCAAAACCAUUUCGAAUUCCCAUAUUUCUCUUUAUUUUCUUACUCAUUUGGAAUUAUUGAAAAACGAUAAAUAGGUUCAUACACUCAGUAGUUCCCCCGAAAUCCAUACCCGAUUCCAGACCAGAUUGGGCAAAGUGUACACCCGUUUUCAGACCAAAAAGGCCCAAAAACCCUACCCAAUGGGGCGGCACAUACCCAUAUCGCUUAUAUAAGGGAGUACCCCCCGGGCAUCAACAUGCGCCUAGUGUCAUAACCAUGCAGCAGUGUAUAAGCAUGAAGAGAUUUAAGACUUGUAAAUAUCCAUCUGUACAUUUUAAACUUUAAUUCAUGAUUAUUUAGACUUCAUAAAUUGCAUAUUUAGAAGUGAAGUUUUAUGAAAGAGUUUCCGUUGGAAGACGCCAAACUCCGACAGUCACCAGUCAGGGAACACCGGAAGGGCAGAAUAUUUUGUUUUUCAGCGCUGAAUAAUAAAAAUCAAAGAUUUAAAUAAAUAUUAUUUUUAUCUGAUUUAUUCACUACCCUGUAUGCAGUAUUACUUCUCUGUAAACUUGGACUCCGUUUAUGAUGGCCCCUUUGCUCCAGUGUAUCAGUUAGCCAGGGUGGAAAUGGAGAAGAGAAACGCUUUUCAGCUGUUGGUUGAGCUGUCGUUUCACAACGGAGUUGAAGAAGAAACGGAGCAGUUUUACAGCAAGCCAUUCAUGAUGAGAAGCAAACCCAGAAGGAAAAGACAACAAUCUGGUGGGUGUGAACUCAGAACACAUCGUAACUUCUAGGCAUUUCAAUGGGGUGUGAAAACCUCCACCUUUCGCCAAAACGCAGAUGACUGGUGUCGCAUAUUGUUUCAUUUACUUACUCUACUAUCCUGCGUAUUAGGACAACGAGGAAUUCUGCUAGUCCCAGAGGGGAUUCCCAUAUAGUUGAGACGGGGAUGCUCUUUGUUUCACUUACGGGUUAAAUUGCAGAUUUUGGUCUUACUUAGGGAGGUCAGGGCGGAAGCAAAUGUUUGUACUUAUACAGGUAUCUCUUGGCUAGGUGCCGUCAUUCUGUGAAGACGGCGUUCAAUUUCAACAUCUUACAUGCAACUGAAAUACAACUGUAGCUUUUAAUUGGUUCGAGGAGUUAGUUUCUGUACAGUGCCGUCUCUUUUUAGAGUCUGAACCACACCCCUCUCUUGGGGUGUAGUCCUAAUUUCCAAGGAACAAGCAUGUCCCACCACGCUCCCCUGAGAGUCGCUCAUAGUUUAACAUGUUGAGUUUAACACUCGUGCCGUCUGUACAACCUGUGAGUAAGUUAGUUGUGAUGCUGAACAAAAAAUGACUUGUAAUGGACACCAUUUAGCUUGCAUAUUGACAGUGGUCUAAGUAAAUGUAAGUAAAUCCUCUAUUAAGCCCCCCCGGGGGCUUUCUUAUUUCAAGCCCAUUUGAGUGGGGAGGGGGCUCGAGACGGGGGUUUAUUUCAUUUAGAAAAGACGAUGGUAUCAGUUUUCCAUGAAUAACUACAAUACAAAAUGGAAAAGCUCAAGUACAAGAAGGUUGGAGGUCAUGCAGCCAAGGAUCAGAAUCAAAUCCGAACUUCCACUUGGUAAAUAAACCAUCCCGGAUCAGUCCAUACAAAGUUUUAAAGUCGUGAUUGAUUAUUAUUAGUAAAGAAUAAUUAGGGUGAGGGUGGGCAGGGGGCUUACUAACGAGGGAGGCUUAUUAACUUUCUUUCCCUGAAAAGGUGGGGGGUUAAUUAGAGGGAGGGGGCUUGUUUGAGAGGGGGGAACUUAAUAAUAGAUUUACGGUAACAUGGUUAUUUCAAUUCAAAUAGCAUUUUUUUCUUCUCAGAUUCAUUGCGUCAGGACAGUCAGGGUUGCCCAGAAGUCAAUUUCUUGGGUAAGUAAUCUGCGCUCUGUGACUGAGUAUUACCCAUGAUUAUUAUCAUAGUAAAGGACUUUAUAUAUAGGAGAUGGAAUUAAACAACACUUUUAGUUUCAAGAUUUUAAGGAGCAAAGUAUAUUUUUUUUAUUUUUUCUUCUCAAAAAGAUUCAUUUUUGCGUCAAUCAGAGGACAACGUCAGGGUUACGUCCAAUCAGAAUCGCGAACGAUGUUUUUUCACGUGAGAAAAAAUUUCAGAGGUUGGGUUUCGCGCCAAAAGUAAUCUGCGCUCAUUUAUGUGACUGAGUUUUUAUUCCUAAAAAUGAAAAACAUUUCGGAAAUUAUCAUAGUUUCGGACUGUCGAUUUAUAUAAACAGAACGAGACGUAAGCUUUUGUUGAGAUGGAAUUAAACAACUUAUAUUGAAACCGGCCAUUUUACUUUUUCAUUUUCAGUUUGCAUUGAGAACAAACAGUUAAGAUUACUUAUAGUUCUUGGAUUUUAUCCUCACCGUCAUUUAUGUUUUUAACAAACGUUUUUACUAAAAAGCUGAUACUUCGUUUUCGUUGUCAUUUUGCGGUAAGUGUGUAGCGGCAAAUUUUAGCAUUUUGAAAGAUUUAAAAUUUUUAUAUUCAUACUCGUUCGCUGCGCUCACUCAUUCGAUUUCUGAUACGUCAACAAGGAUUCUAUAUAUUCAUAGGCGAGGAUUAGUAUAUCACAGCAUUCUAAACUGACUAAUAACGUUCAGUGAAAAAACAAAAACCCUUCCUUACUAUUCUGUUCCAACGUUUCUAUGACUUGGUUCAUUCCUUCCAGGGGGAAGACAAAUAUUUCUAGUGCUAGAGAAACUGAACCGGGUAAAAGUUCGCCCCUCAUUGAUGAUUAGCUUGGCUCAAAUGCAGAAAAUACACCUGGGCGCAGUAAUAUUGGAAGGCCGAUUAGCGCUGACCCGGCGUCAUAUUUUAAUCUGGGUUAAAUAAAGUAUCUCCCAGGAAACAUUUUCACUAUGUUUUUCUGAAUUAUCUACCCGGCUUUGAACAACCCGGCCCUGCACCUCGACUAGUGUUGGGAUCAUCUUGUCGAGGUUUUCAUGUUAAAUACAACAAAAUGAUCCGACGACCAAAAAUUUAUUUUAAUAAUGACAAACUAAAGUCCGCAAGGUUUAUUUUAUUUGAACCAGGAUCUGCUGCAUUCCGGAAACUUCAGGUAAUCGACCAUUUGGAUGCAAAACGAGCGCACAUCGAGCACCUUAUUUUCGAAGUGCAAGAAGCAGGUGACAGGAAAGCGGACAUUGGAUAUCACUUCAGACUUAAAGAUCCCAAUGUGUCUGACGAUUUCGAGGAAGGGGACGUUGUUGGUUUCUUCAAGGAUGACGACGGACACUUGAGUAUACAGCUGCUAGAUAACAAGAAUGGAAAGGAUGUUUUUAUGGCAGGAGUCAUAAGCCGGUCAGCGUAUCUGACGGCUACACCACCAUUGAAUGAAAAAGGUUUGUGUUUUUCAGAUGAAAAUCGCCAUAAAGGUAAAUUUUUAUAAAGGAAAUAAGGUAUCAGGAUUUGGCUGUUUUGGGUCUAAAACUGACAUAGAUGAAACUUUGAUAUCCUGGUCGUUUUAUUUUAGAAAAUCAUGCCAUUGGUUGCUUGAAACUUACUAUCCUCAAGUAUUAAUCCCGUAACAGCUAGCCGUAUGUCUUGAAUCUAAUCAAAAGGCAGAGAUAAGAAAUGAGGUUGUUUUUCUUGACUUACAAAACAAUAGAAAUGUAGAAAUACAAUUAAACUAAAAACAAAUGAACAAAAUAACUCAGAGAUUAAUAAAUAUCAAUGAUGAUCUCGGUUGAAAAGGUGAGGUAGAGGAAAAGACUCGAAUAUAAAGACUUUUCACUCUUUCUGCUGAGCUGGUCUUUCUUUUGUGGAGGUUGAAGAAAGUGAGUAAGCAGGUUUACCCGCCGGCAUAGGAGGCAGAAGGCAAGUGACUGCAAGGUUGAUGCGAGUAAAGAAGCCAAAUCCGUUUUCUACUCUACCUUCAACUCUUAGGGAACUGCAGUCGAUCUCCUAACAGUCUUAAUUUCAACACGCUAACAGUUCAAUUUUGGAAGCAAAGACCAACCAUACAAAAAAGAAGGACCGGAUCCUAAUGAAGGAUCUAAUCAGCUAUAAGUUGAAAUAUCGAAGAAAAGAGGCAAAGCUGAUUUUGAAAUACAUAUUUUUGGGGGUGGCUGUAUAGCUUUACCUCCAUCCUAGCAUCAGCACUGCACUGAUGAGCCCCAGAAGGCCGAACUGAAAGUACUGUCUGCAGUUAGUUGUUUUGUUACCAAUAUUUCGGAAGGCACGGCCUUCCUUCUUUAGGGUCUUAUAUACAAAGAUAAGGUUUGAAAUAAAGAAUAGAGGACGCUAUUCUCUAUUUCCAAUUGUAACAUCUUAGCUUAACCUAAUCAUUGUAUGUAGGACCCUGAAUAAGGAAGGCCGUGUAUUCCGAAGUAUUAGUAACAAAAAAUAUAUAUUCCCUACUGUAAAAUCAGCCUUGUUUCUUUUGCUCAAUACUCUAACCACUGCUAACAGUCCCUUUUUUCUAGAGUCUUUUAUUCUUCUUCUUUUGUGGCAAGUGUACAUAAUUAUUGCUUAAAUUAUACCAACGAUUUGCACACUCGCCACCAUGGAACAGCAGGGAAAGAAGUUUUUAGUACUUCAUAUAGUUUGAUUUAUGAUCAUGGGUAUAUCUAACGCUUCCCUUUAGGUAUUGUGGAGGCGUGUGUUUCUUAGAUAAGGAACUUUGUCUCUCUUCUCCUAGGUGUGUAAGUGGGUACCGGCGACAUACUGCUGAUGGUAGCCCUGCAUGUGAUGGACUACCAUCUCGUCAAGGAGGGAGGGGGGAGAAGAAAUACUUCUUAUAGGCUUACAAUUACUGGAAUAAGCACCGGCCGGUUGGGACUUUGGCUCGUGUGUGACGUUUACCUUUUUACCCUUAGCUUGGGUAUCGCGACACAUCACAUGAAGUAAUCUUGGUCGUUUAUGUGGAAUGUGGAAUGCGUAAUACGUAAUGCCUUUUUUUUAGAUGCCACGGAAGUUGUUUGUGUAAUCGGAGUAAUUCAAGUCAAGUGCAUGGGCUCUGUUCGUGCUGGUGAGCGCAUAUACGCCACGGUCGAUCCCGAGAAUCCAGGAACUGCCAUCCCAGAAUCCAACCUGCCACCCAGCGUUCUCCUGAGUCAAAGUAGCAUUCUACUGGGCAUGUCCAUGGGUGAAAAGAAGUCUCCUAAACUUGAUGAUGUGAAUAUGGUGCAAUGCUUUGUGUGCAUAGUGCUUGGAAUCACCGAUGGACAAAUUACCUCAGAAAUAGAAACCAUUUAUGAUCGCUUUAAGAUGGAUCUGAAUGUAAAGCUGCAAAAAGAGCGGACGAAAUAUAGACGGAGUAAGCAUGGUUUCGAAAUUUUUGCUUUGUUUUCAUUUCCCGCAAGUAACUGACAAGUUAUGUGAAUUCAACGCAUCUUCAGACCUUAACGUGUUAAGGAAUUUUGGAAAGAUGUUUUUCAUAGACUUGUCAGACUAUAUGUUAGAUUUCAGGCCUCUUUAUGGCUACCCUACAUAUAUAUCACUUAAACGAGAUAAGUAGGUGCACGUAAUGAACCCUUUCAGUUAAUACAAAGAAUGCUCUCUGGACACCGCCCACAAGCGAAUCACUCUGCUCUGCUUACAGCUUCCUCCUUACAUCUCUACAAGCACCAAUCGCCCAGAUGUAUAGUUAGACCCAUAAAAAGCUGUUUUCUCAAAGACUAUGGAGCUAUAGUCUCCAACAAGUUUGACUCGUUCAAAUAAGUUUUUAGAGGUGACUGAUGUAAUGGCGAGAACGUUAGUUGGCAAGACCUUUUUUGUAUUUUUUGGGUCUUUACGGAGGAUCGAUCGUAGUUGAAGAAGAUUGCGUAGGCUGACUCACACUAAAAUAUCAGGUGUUGGAUCCUUUAGCAUUUAACAGCGUUAUUUCCACUCAGUUAACCAGAGUACUUAAUUGUAAAAAUGCCCUGAAAGUAGCAUUACUAUAAGCUUUGCACGUCACUGUUAUAUUAUGGUAAAAAAAUAUAUAAUUUUAUUUCUUCAACAGUGCUGUGCAUAUCGUUGACCGUCCUUAUUUUUGUCAUUGGUUUGGCCAUAUUUUUCCUCGUGGAAUACCUCUACCCAGGAAGUGCUCUAAGAUACAAGCUGUGCAGAAAAGGUUCACUUGACGGCACAUCAUCUUUUACUUAUAUUCCAUUUUGCAGGAAGGUAAUCUUUCAAGAAAAGAAUUUAAGAAAAGCGGCGCAAAACCGAUAUCACAGUCACAGAGGCAUAGGAGGGCCUAAAUUUUACCAAACACAGGAUGAAAUAUGAUAUUUUAAACAAAAAUUAUUCAAGAUAAAGACCUUUGUAGCAACGCUUUAAUUAACACACUUUUCUGCAUUCAUAAAGCUUCAGUAACAGAGUCUUUUGUCGCUUAAAAUUAUCAUUUUUUUUUAAUGACUGCCAUGAUAAGCCCCGCUUCUUUCAUCCGUUUGUUAUAACGUCUUUUGUUAUCUACAUGUAAGGUCAAGAGUAAAGUAAGGACGAGGGGUUAAAUGGACCAACAGCUGGACCAAUGACCACUGACAUGUUAAGGUUGCCCGAACCUAUUUAUAUGCGCGUUGGUUAUGUUUUUGAAUCGGGUUUUUCGGCGGGAAUGAUUUAACUGAUUUCUAUGAAUUUUGGCAUCCUUAAUAAAGAAUGGUCGAACUUUAAGAAAAUGCUUCUUAUUUUCCUAUAGGUAUAAAAAUGUUUGAGAUAUCGGCAUAUGUUUAAAACCGCAUUUUUACAAUUAUGCGUCAAUAAUUUCAAAACCCUAGGACAGAGUUUUCUCGAACUACGGCAAAUAAGCCUCAGAGCGCUCCAGUUUUAUAUCUGCAAGUUUGAAAUCAAUUGUUACCGUAGAACUCACUGCACAAACAGCUGGUCAAAUUUAACCUCAAAAUGCAACGCUAACACAUUAAUUUUGUGAAAGUUCUGACACACAAAUAGAGGACAACUGCCGACGGACUAUCUCCUAUCUGCAAGGGUGUUCUUACCCAAAGCUUCAGUUGCAAGAAAUUCAGUAAUCAGAAACCUACGGCGAAUACAGUUCGCAAUACAAGAAGAACAACUUUAUGCUGAAUGCGGGGCAAGAUUAAAUAAACUUCUAUUUAUCAAAGUUACUGUGUAUUUUUCCUUCUCUUUUCGCAAAAAACCUCAACAAAGCACGAUAUAACAUCUACGGAAAUCUCCUACAAUGGCAGUUUUUAGCACCGAAGGUUACCGUCUUGAGAAGAAAUAAAGCCACCAACUCCAGUAUAUCUCAACCGAUCCAUUCUCAGCUGCAACGAAAACCCUUGUAUUAUGUAAUUCAUUCAAGUUUGAAAGAUUUGCCAUCACAUUCGCACGGGCAUUUUGCCACUGGGGAUAAUGAAAAAAAUAAGACGAUUAUCAUAGUUUCUUCAUCUUUAUCCCCAAGUGGCAAUUAAACUUCCCGUGCGAAUGUGAUGUCAAGUCUAAAAACCUUAAAUAAAUUACCAAGUGACGAGGGCUUUCAGUGCAGCUGAAAAAUGGACAAUUAGAAGUACUGGAGUUGGCCGCUUUAUUUCUCAUCAAAAUGGAAACCUGCGACGCUAAAAACUUUUUAGAGUUUUUCGUAGAUAAUGUAAUUUCCCUUGUUAAGAUAGGUUUCGAAAAGAGAGGGACAAAUACAAGUAAGUUUGAUAUUAAGUAGAAAUUCUUUUAUCUUGCCCCGCAUUCAUCGUAAAGUUGUUCUUCUUGUAUUGCGAACUAUAUUCGGUGUAGGUUUCUGAUUACUCAGUUUCUUGCAACUGAAGCUCUGGGCAAGAAUAUAAUUAUACCCUUGCAGAUAGGAGAUAGUCCGCCAGCAGUUUCCCUCUAUUCGUGCGUCAACUUUCACAAAUGUGUUAGCGAUGCAUUUUAAGGUUAAAUUUGACCAGCUGUUUGUGAAGCAAGUUCUACGGUCACGAUUGCCUUCAAACUUGCAGAUAUAAAACUAGAGAGCUCUGAGGCUUAUUUGCCGAAGUUAGAGUGAAAACCUGUCUUAAGGUUUCGAAAUCAUUGACGCAUUUUUUGCAAAAAUGCGGUUUUAAACAUAUGCCGAUAUCUCAAACGGUCUAAUACCUACAAGAAAAUAAAUAACAUUUUCUUAAAGAUCGACCAUUCUUUAUUGGGGAUGCAAAAAAUCUUGGAAAUCGGUUAAAAAAAUUCCUGCCGAGAAACGCGAUUCAAAAACAUAACCAACCCCGCAUAUAAAUGGAUUCGGGCCACAUUAAAGUGACCCACAGGAGAAGGCCAGUUUCGAACGUCGUUGUUCCGGAGAGAAAACUAACAAAUUUUGGAUCUACUUUAGACAAAUGUCCAUUUUACACCAGAUUUUGAUGUUAUUGUCACCAUUGUAGGUUAUUAAUAGAGUGUUGAUAGAAUAAUAGAUUAUUAUUGAUAUUAUUAUUGAUUACACACUAUAUGGGUCUAGAUAAGAGAUUGAGGCAGCAGUCAGAGAAGUAUUGACUGGGUGGGACAACAGCGUUGUGUGGGACUGCAUUCAUAAAAUAUUUGAAUUCUACCUACAUAAAGGGAUAAGUAUUUUCAGCAGCAAAUUAUUUUUUUCUUUUUUACGGUCAUUUCAGCGUUGCACUACUAAUGGCAUUGAGUUUCACUGGGAGGGUUUGAAACGAAAGCUAUCACCGGAACUAGAGCACGUUGCGCCCAUCACACGUAAGCGACAAUCACUAGUCUGAUUAUUAUACUUGCUUUCUUUUCGUGAUUUUGUAAGUAUGUAUUGUUCUUACAGGGAAUUCUGAAAAGUUUCAUUACUACUUAAACGUGGAUCGCUGUGCUUAUGGAGGAUCACUCAAGUUCUCUGCCAAUGUAAAAGGCAUUUCCAAUAGAAAACAAGUAUGUGGACCUAUUAUAUUCGCCGUUAAUUCCAACUGUACGGCCGUUUACUACUAUCAAGACGCGCCACACGCGGGCUGGAAACGGUAUCAAUCAGUCAGAUAUUACCCCGAAUUGCAGAGGCGUCUUAAAUGUAAAUUUAAGUGACACGAUGCACGUUUUCCUUGGAAUGCACACUCUCGAAUGUAGAGCACCAAUCCUGUUUGCAGUUGGGGUCCUUGUGGCGUGCUGUCAAGACUAGAAACAGAGGGCAGACUUACAUAUUUUGUAGGGAAUAACCUUUCAAUUCGGUUGUAGAAUGGAUCCACUCGAAGUUGGUUCAAAAUACAGUGGAAUAAAACAAACAGAAACAAGCAAG